GAGUUAACUAUGUAUUGAGGCAAUGAAAAAUUAUUAAAUUAUUGACUGCAAUAAAGAUAUUCAUGUAUUACUAUCAUGAGAAUGAUCUAUAAGGUUUUAAAAAAUAGAAAGAAAGGUAUACAUUUAAUUUAAGGAUAUCUAUGGAUUUGUGUUAAAGUGUGGGUGUAGCCAAGCAUAGAAAGUUCAUGCGGAUUAUUGCAACAAGUAGAUGUGGAGGAUUGAAGAGACUCUUGUUUCAAGUAUCAGCUAGUUCAAGACUUUUUUCAGCAAAACAUGUGAAGUGAAAAAACACGGAAGGUAAUUCUACACUCCUUCAUAAUUUUUACUUGCUAAGUAUGGAAUGCAUGGAAUUAAGAGAAUAGAAGAAAGUUUAUUUACGCAUUUAUAAAUAAGAAGACAAAUAAGCAAGUGAAUGCAUUUAAAGUCAGUCCUGGAUAUCUAUCCCAACGAGAUAUACUAUCUGUCGAUUGUGCAGCUAUGCUUAUCAUCUAUUGCCACACUGUGUGCUGAGCUAUGGAUUUAGUCCACAUUCUUUGGAGAACCUAUAUUCUGACAUUAUUGUUGGAGUACACAAACUGUUGCACAGACCAACACCUUUGUCGCUGUACUGUGGUUCAAGGAACACUUUAUGCAGAUUGUUCCCAUCUCGGUCUCAGAAGCUCGCCCCUGUUUUGGUCGAACGUGACCAGUAUUAAUCUUAGCCAUAAUAUAUUAACACAAAUUCCUCGACCACAGUCUCUUCCUUCUAAUCUUACUUAUUUGGAUCUUUCCUACAAUGCAAUAAAGUGUAUCGAGAACAACACAUUCAAGGGGCUGUGGAAGCUUUCCGAUCUGCGAUUGAAUGGUAAUAAAAUUGGAAUGCCUGAUAAUCUAGAUAGAAAUGUUUUUGCAGACUUAAAAAAUAUAAAGCACCUGGAUUUGUCCGACAAUCCGGAACUCACCUUCCGGAUUAUGCCAAUCUUAACGUAUGGGUUGAGAAAAUCUACAAUUGAAAUUCUGCGGUUAAAUAAAAUACACUGUACAUUUGGAUCAAGUACAGAGCUAAGAAGAAAUGAUUUAAAGAAUCUAAAAUACACCAAUCUAACAGAAAUUCAUCUAUCGAGCAACCGACUUGAAAUGGUUGAACAAGGAGCAAUCAUUUCUUUGCCUCAAACCAUUCGAAAGGUGUCAGUAGGUGACAAUAAUCUCGUUUUUGGAUUGUAUCUUUUAGAGCUGUUUUUCCUGAAUAAGCUAGAAUGGAUAAAUGCCACUCUACAAGAUAUGUCCCAUAGCCCAGAGGAAGUUUUAAGAUCAUUUUUAUUCUUUUCCUGUAACAAUAGGAGAAGGAUUUAUCAAGAUAAUUCAACAAUUGAAACAAUGAAGACAUCCUUUUGCAAUCUGGAUACUUUUCAGAAAUCACUUUGGGUGAAGUUGGGUAUUUUUCAGGGAUUUUCCUCUACAAAAAUUAAUUAUACUUUUCCAGUUCCACCUAAAUUAAAAACAUUAUUUUUGAAUGAAAGUAAUCUUGGAUAUACUAUCCCAGCGAUAAGUUUUAUGAAAAAUAGUAUAGAAAAUAUUUAUAUGCAAGGUAACCUCUUACAGUCGUGGAUUGGACCAAUUAGAACUUUAGGGAAUCUCAAAAGAUUGAAUUUGUCGAACAAUGUUUGCUCCAAAGUGGAUAGAGACUUUUUUCAACACUUGAAUUCUCUUACUGAAUUGUACCUGAAUAAUAAUUUGCUCGGAUUUAAUCUCGCACUGGAUAAAGAAGGAAAAAUCUUCAGAAACUUGACAACUCUGAGACUUUUGGAACUAAAGGAAAACAGAAUAGCAAAUUUGCCUAAGGCUGUUUUUGUGAAUCUUUAUAAUCUGGAACAUUUAGACUUGAGUGAUAACAUACUGAUGGCCAUUGAAUUCAACAUUGAAAAUUUGAGAUCACUAACAUAUUUAGAUCUAUCAUCCAAUCGAAUUCAAUCCCUGUCUGGUUCCACAAUGGACAAGUUGGACCAACACGCAGUACAAACCAUUACCACUUUAAGCCUUAUGAACAAUCCAAUUUUGUGCCAAUGUAAAACUCUUAAUUUUUUAAAGUGGAUGGUUAUGGGAGGACAUUCGAGGAAUAUACGGUUUAAGAAUUUAAAAGAGUACACAUGUACGAAAGCGGGAACGGUCAUAAAAUUUGGUCAAAUUAAACAACAUAUCAAAGAACUGGAAAAGGAGUGUGCCUCUUACAAAACUCUGAUAUUUGUUGUGGCAUCCUGUAUCCUCCUCUUCCUCUUCAUUCUGACAACAGGAUUGGUUUACAGGUAUAGGUGGAGAUUGCGAUAUUUCUACUACAUGACAAAAAGUCGAUAUCAUGGAUAUAAGUCUGUGCGCAGCGAAGACGAGCAAACGGAUUUCAAAUAUGAUGCAUUUGUUUCCUACGCCGAAAAAGAUUUAAGGUUUGUUCAGCAAAUGAUAUCAAAGUUGGAGGGAGAUAAGGGUAUCCGUUUGUGUAUCCAUCACCGUGAUUUUGUCCCUGGGUACGACAUUGCUGAGAACAUCAUUACCGCCAUCAACAAAAGCAGGAAAACUAUUGUUAUCUUAUCACCAAAUUUCAUCCAAUCCGAUUGGUGUAUGUAUGAACUACAUAUUGCCAAAAUGGAAGAGAUUUACAAAAGGGACAAUGAGGACGUCUUAUUCUUGGUUUGUUAUGAGGAAAUUCCUGCGGAGAAUAUUCCGCUUUCCAUCAUGGACGUCAUUCAUCAAAAGUCGUACCUAGAGUUUCCUGAUGAUGAGUAUGGUAACACCGUGUUCUGGGAUAAACUUCAUGAGGCUCUUUUCUAGUUUUCUAUCAAAGACGCCUUCUGAACUUUUUCAGUGAAAAUAAAUCUAAUGAAGUUUGCAAUAUUUCCGCUCUACAGACAGUUUAAACCCACAAUAUUAUCAAUGCAUUGAUUUUAUAUUGUGUCUACUGUAAAUACUAAAUAAUAAAAAGUCGUAUUGAUUGAUUAGUAUGGCAAUUCUGUGUUCUAGGAUAAAUACGGGAGACUUGAUCUUCUGUUGCUUUUAUUUAAAAUCUAUUUAAAGUAUAUGUAAUAAUUGAGUAAUGUAAUGAAUUACAACUGCAAUAAAAAUUAUCUAUAAAUAAAA